AUGGCUAGGACUAAGCAGACAGCCCGUAAAUCAACUGGUGGUAAAGCACCCAGAAAGCAACUUGCCUCUAAGGCCGCAAGAAAAACUGCCCCCGUCACCGGUGGUGUCAAGAAACCACAUAGGUAUCGUCCAGGUACCGUCGCCCUUAGGGAAAUUAGGAGGUACCAAAAAUCCACUGAGCUCUUGAUAAGAAAAUUGCCAUUCCAAAGGCUCGUACGUGAAGUAGCUCAAGAUUUCAAGACUGACUUGAGGUUCCAAUCAAGCGCAGUCUUGGCACUCCAAGAAGCUGCAGAGGCCUACCUCGUUGGCCUCUUCGAGGACACCAACUUGUGUGCUAUCCACGCUAAGAGGGUUACCAUCAUGCCAAAGGAUGUACAUUUGGCCAGGAGACUCAGAGGUGAGAGAGCAUAA